UGCCACAACUUUUUAAAAAUAUUCAGAAUGUCCUUAAUAAUUCACAAUUAAAUGGAAACAAAAGUGCCAUUGCUGUCUCAGUCACCAGCCUGCUUGAAAAAAUGGAAACAUUGGUAUUAGAAGAUGCAUUUAAAUCUGAAAAUAAAAUACAAGCAGAAGAUGAUUAUGUAGUUGUUGAUAGACGAGUUGUUCCAAACAAUAGCUGCUCUGAAAGGAAAGAGCUCUUCACUCUGAAAGCUGGAGAAGAUAUAAUGGACAUCCAUUGCAGUGACGUAAUCAGAGGAAACACCACAGGUCAAAGUGUGGUGGCUUUUCUCUCUUAUCCUUUCCUGGGGUUCAUUAUCAAUGGGUCGUUCUUUGAGGAGAGACACUCACGGAAGUAUGUCAAUAUCUCCUUGAACUCCAGGAUAGUAAGUGGUACCACUGGACUCAGACAAAACAGCAACCUUGCCAGUUCUGUCAUCCUGACUUUUCAUCAUCUUCAGGAAAAUUUCAGCCAAGAUCUGCAGUUUCUCUGUGUCUACUGGGACAGCAGCAAAGAGGGAGGCAGUUGGUCCAGGAAAGGCUGUUCCCUGGUGAAAACCAAUGACACUCAUACCAGCUGCAGCUGUAGCCACCUGUCUUCCUUUGCUCUCCUGAUGGCUCUCACAGGCCAGGAGGAGGAUGAUGUGUUGACAGUGAUAACUUAUGUGGGACUGAGCAUCUCUCUGCUGUGUCUUUUUCUGGCUGUCCUCACUUUCCUCCUAUGCCGCACCAUCCAGAACAUCAGCACGUCCCUCCACCUACAGCUCUCUCUGUGCCUCUUUCUGGCAGACCUACUCUUCCUCAUUGGCAUAGAACAAACAUCAAAUAAGGUGCUGUGUUCCAUCAUUGCUGGUGGGUUGCAUUACUUGUAUUUGGCCUCCUUCACCUGGAUGUUCCUGGAAGGGCUGCACCUUUUCCUCACUGUCAGGAACCUCAAGGUUGCCAAUUAUACCAGUGCAAGCCGAUUCAAGAAGGGAUUCAUGUACCCUUUUGGCUAUGGAAUCCCAGCUGUGAUUGUAGCUGUGUCAGUAGGAAUUAACCCCCAUGGCUAUGGGGCAGAGAAUCACUGCUGGCUCGCCUUACACAAAAGUUUUAUCUGGAGUUUUGUUGGACCAGUAAUUGCCAUUAUUUUGCUCAACUUGGCCUUUUAUUCGAUGACCCUGUGGAUUUUGAGGGACAAACUCUCCUCGCUCAACAAAGAAGUGUCCACCAUUCAAAACACAAGGACACUGACCUUUAAAGCCUUUGCUCAGUUCUUCAUCCUAGGCUGCUCCUGGAGUCUUAGCUUUUUCCUGACUGAAUCUAUAACUGAGCCAGCCCAAUCAGUCCUUGCCUACGCCUUCACCAUCAUCAAUUCUCUGCAAGGAACAUACAUUUUCCUGGUUCACUGUGUCCUCAAUCGCCAGGUCCAAGAAGAAUACAGGAAGUGCUUUAAAGGGAUCCAGAAAAGAACAGAGACAGAUACCAUUGACAUGCUGUCUGCUCCAACUCUUCACAGCAAGGUGAUUGAAGAGCUGGAAAAAUCUAUGGAUUUCUCUAAGAGGAAACAAAGCUCCUAAAUCUGAAGACACCCAUGACUUAACCUGUCACCAGACAUCUUGCUCGUAGAUGGGGAGCUGAUGUGGAGCUGAGUGACUGAAUACUCCUGUAUACUCAAAAUGCAGUGCAUUUUAGUCAUGUGUUUGCUUUUUUCCCCCAGUAAUAUUUUAUUUUUACAUGUGAAAAAUAAUUUUUAAUAUUCAUUUUCUAACAUUUUGAAUUCCAAGUUCUCUUCCUUCCUUCCUCUUCACCCUUCUCCUUGAAAUAAUAAGCAAUUUAAUUUGGGUUAUACAUGUAUAAUCAUAUAAAACAGAUAUAUGUAUUCUUGUUGGGUAUUGAAAAAAAUAUUAUGGUCAGCUAUAUAUAGAACAGUCUAUAUUAUAGAACACUCAUAUGUAUUAAUCUGUCUCCUGAAUAAGAGCACUGCAUCAUUGCCUAACAUUUAACAUCUUUAGUUGGUAUUAAAAAUCCCACAUUUCAAAAA